AUGCUUCCCAACGGUGUCACCGCUGCCGUCGUUGUUGCCCUCGCAGCCUCGUUGGUGCCGACGGCCGAGGCAGACUGCGAAUGCGGGUAUGCCACGAGCGUUGGCGGUGCAAAGGAGAGAACUGUUUUCACGGAGCUUUUGGAGUCGGAUUUUACUCGUCUAAGCAAUUUUGGAAGCGAGACCAACUGGAUGCUUCCCUCAUUCAACAUCACCAAAGAGGAGACUCAUGGCAUUUAUGGUCUCAACUUUCGGCCCAGCAAUGUGAUAAACUUUGCCAACAAAAAGGCCCCUUUGGCACGCGCCGAGCUUGUCAAGCCUGUGACGUCUCCGGACGAUGGCCUUGAGCUCGUGGUGAGCAGCAAACUUGAUCAAGAUAUGGCCUCUGUCGCAGAGUUGGACUCUCGCCGUGCUGAUCUGAAGUAUGGAUCUUACCGCACCAGCAUGAAGUUGACGAAUGUUCCCGGCACUUGUGCCGCGUUCUUCUGGUAUUUCAACGAGACUCAGGAAAUUGACAUGGAGUUUCUGUCGAGGGAAUUUAAUCCCCAGGCUGGCCUAUACCCAGUGAACCUUAUCGUUCAGUCACCUAGAGCAGCAGACACAGACUAUGAUGCCCGCAAAUCCGGUAACUAUAUCCGGGCGGACCUUCCCUUCAACCCGACCUCGGAUUACCAUGAAUACCGCUUUGAUUUCCUUCCCGGUGAAGUUCACUUCUACGCUGAUGGUAAGAUUCUGGCAAGGAUUUCGGGCGCUGCGGUCCCCGAAAACCCUGGCCACCUUAUCCUCCAGCAUUGGAGCAACGGGAACAGCAUCUGGUCGGGAGGCCCGCCUGCCCAAGACACUGCCAUCUCGGUGCGGUACGUCAAGGCCUAUUUCAACUCUACCGAUGCAACGCAGCAGCAUGCCUCAAAGGUGAAGUGUGGGCAGGCGAAAGACAAGAAGAAGGCCAUCUGUGAAAUUCCCGAUAUCGGCGCCAACAAGUCUGCGGAGACAUUCUUUUUAGCAAGCUAA